AUGUUGCUGGCAUACGUGCGGUCACCAGGCGAGAUGGCCCGGAUUUUGAGGGGAACCGCACCGUCGUUGUCUUCGUCACAUUAUUAUGACCCAGACACAGUCGCACGUGCAAAGUAUUUUGCUUUGGUCUUCUGCAGACUGCGGGCGCACGCGUUCCGUUACAACUCAGUUCGUUUUAUACUGGAAGGCUUCGAAUCGUAUGGUGUUCAUGCAGAAACGCAGGCGCACGCGUUCCGUUACAACUCAGUUCGUUUUAUACUGGAAGGCUUCGAAUCGUAUGAUGAUUAUGCAGAAACGCAGGGGUCGCCAGGAAGGGUGUGUGUGGAGCGAGACGAGUAG